CUCAGAACACCGUCGGCAAUGGAGCCGCGAGGCUCUGCUGCACUCUCCGACACGCCGUACACGCUCUUCGCCAGCAGCAGUGACGGCCGCCGGGCCGGUAGCUGGCCGUACCUCUGCACACUCCUCGCUGUGCUCCUGGGCACCGGCGUGCACGCGUCCAAGGAGGCGCUCGUGCCGAGCGAGAAGUCGCUCGAGGCGCUCGGCCUCUCCCCGGUUUGCUAUUCGGCGCUCACCAUCACGCCCGUGGCUCUCGGUAUCGUCACGCCUCUCGCGUGGGGGCGGCUGUGGGACACGAGGGCGGCGCUUGUCCUAGUUGGCGCUCCGCUCGGCGAACUGGUCGGCUCGGGCCUCACCGCCUGCGGGCUGCUCGCGCUCGGCGCCAGGAACAGCCCCGCCGCCGCCGCCGCCAUACUCGCCGGCCUGGUCGCCUCGUCCGCCUGCCGCGCGGGCAUCACGAUCGCCGAGUUCUCGCUGGUCGGCCGCGUCUGCGGCAGGAACGCGGCGGCUGGCUUUGGCGCGCUGGUGGUCGCCAAGCACGGAAUGGGCUCGCUGAUGUCGUGGGCAGUUCCCAUUUUGCUCGGCGAAGGCGCGCUCGGCGUCGCGCCGUUGCUCUCCCUGCAGCUCCUCCUCCUCGCCCCCCACGCCAUCGCCGUCUGCUCGGGCGCAGCCCUUUCCGUGUUGCACCGUCCGGCGGCGGGAGAGGGCGGCGGCGGCGAUCUGCCUGAGGUGGCCUCGAAGCUGCUAGAAGGCAAGGUGCUGUUGGGACGCUUCACGCAUACCACUCCGUGCGCGUGCAGCUCGCGGCGAGCAUGGGCAGUCUCUCGACCCGGAGCGCGGGCGCGCUCCUCGCUUCGAACGACCUCGUCGCCAUCGCGCUGCUGCCGCUGCUCAUGCUCUCCUCGCGCUCGCUCAACGGGCUGCGCGCGCUGCUGGUGGCGACGCCGGUGGCGAGCGCGGUCGCGGUGGCCGUGCUGCUGCUCAGGGUGCGCAGCCACGGCAGCGUGCACGCCGAGCUCUUCGCGCUCUCCCUCCUCGAGGUUGGCGCUCCCGUGGUUCCGCUCGCGCUGCUGCCGCGCGCAAGCCGUCGGGCGGGCGGCGGGUGGGUGCCAAGCGACCGACUGGGCACGGCAUACGGCACAAUCGAGACUCUCUUCAUCCUCAUGCAAAUCACGAUCACGAUGCUGCUCGGGGUGCUCCGCUCCGUCGAUUCGGACGGCGACGGCAUCCCCGACGCCGAGGACCCCGACGGAAAGUGGCGUUUCGUCGGGCCGCUGAGCCUGCUCGCGGGCGGUUUUGCCGGCGCGGCAGUGGUGUCGGUGCUCCUCCUCGAGCGAGUCGGCGGGGGGGCGGUUGUGCGGGGGAGCGACGCCGACCGCGGUUGCCAGCCGUGCUUGGCAAUGAUCGGCCGGACGCCCUCGUGUGGUGAGACUGAGAGUGGGGCAGCACGCGCGCGUAUUUAGCGAGAGUAACGCGACCGGUCCCCGAUCAGACAGUGUUAUUUACGUACCAAGGUAUGCAAAGAGUGAAUGC